UCGGAGCUUCACAAUCCGAGGAUCAACCCGCGACUGUGCGGCGCGAGCUUGCACGUCGCAUCGCCCGAGCACGGCAUCGUUCACAUAGGCGACUACGCUAAGCUUCACCUCACGUAGGGACAGCCUAGCCCGCUGGGCACGGAUGCGCAACAGUCCCGGCGGCCGUCCCGCUCGCCGCGCAACCAGCGCAGCCGCAGCGCCGACGUCGACUGCCUGAAGAAGUACAUGGAGCGCCGGGUGGAGGUGCGUCGGCACACCGAAGCCGGCGAGGUCUCCCGCUGGAUACCGCUGGCGAAGAACUCGCUGCGGCCGUACCUGCCGAGCAAGGACCACACGCUGACCUACAAUCGAGCCCUCGGCGGCGUCAGGAGCAGCGCCGACAUCGACAAGCUCGGCAGCUUCGGGGAUAAGGAAGCUGACGGCAGCUUUCUCGCUGAAUGUACGAGAAUGAUACACGGCUACUACAACCCGACGGCCGAGCGCUCGCCCAGGCGACGGACCUUCGACGUCCUGGACAACCGGAGCGACUCGAUCAGCAGCUCCGGCAAGGUCAAGUGGCUGCCCAUAAUCGCCCGCAACAGCGUCACCGCGAGCAGCAACUACCGCUCGGACUCGUACAUCCCCCUGGAGGAGGAGAGCCUCUACCGCUCGACUCUAGUGAGCAGCAAGCAGCCGUCGAGCGGCCGCAGCAUGAGCGCGGACGUGAGCUACUUCCGGCGCGACUCGAGCUCCCGCUGGAACGAGCGCUGCGUCAACUUCGGCGAGCAGAGCCGCGGCCUGAUAUCCUACCGCUGGAUGCCCGAGACCGGCAUCUCCAUGUCGCGCUACAUACCCUCGCCGCUGGUCCACCGGCGCACCAGCGAAGGCGACAGGCUGGCGGCCAAACCGCUGGCCGGCACCCGCUGGAUGAGCUACGCCAAGAACCCCUCGCCCAGUCCCAUCCAGAGGAAGCUCUCGGACAGACGGUCCUCCGGAUCCGAGCAGCCCGCCACCGUGGCCGAGUCGGCCGAGGGAGCGACAGAAGAGCCGGCCAAGAGCGAGGAGGCCAAGAGCGCGAGGGACGAGGACAGGCCGGCCAAGCGGGAGGAGGUGUCCGGCUGGCAGCCGGUGCGGAAGUUCGCCGACGCGGGACAGCAGCAGAAGCCCGGCCCACAAGCUCGCUCGACUUCAGGCGAGCAAGAUCCCUCAGUACCGGACGACAACCGUGUGAAGCAGCGUCUGCGCGAGCUCUACGACUUCAAGACGGAGACCGAGUGGCCGAAGCGAGUCCGAAACCCGUUCCGCGAGACUCUAUGGAUCAGCAAGAGCAGCAGCGAGGAGGACAAGUCUCAGCACUUCCCUCUCACCCAUCAACUCUCGAAUGCCGUACAGCAGACCAGUAAGCUGCCGGAGAAGAAGCCGGAGCCCCUGCAGAAAGCGCAUCCGGUUCGUCGCAACAGUCAGGACCUCGAGUUCAACGAUCGCACGCCGAGCACCAGUGGCAGCAUCGCCAGACCGCCGACGCCCAGCAUAACCAUCCAACAUCACCGACCGAAGCAGCAACGCAGCGACAGUCCUCUGCUCCAGCGUCAGCCGAGCUUCACACGAAGGCAACUCCCCGAGAGACCAACCUACAGGCGAGAGUCCAGUAGCGACCAGGUCUUCGAGCUCACCAAGGUCGAGGACCGGCAACUCCGCAGCUUCCGCGAACGACUACGAUUCAGCGAGGACCACUGCAGGACCGACGAGGAAAAGGAGGCCGGCAGCUUCACCAAGGUGCACGAGCGUCGUUUCUUCUCGGACGACUACGAGAAUCCGAGUCGACGCAAGAUCAGCGACAGCAUGCUCGUACUGCGCGCGAACAAACGCAACUCCGACUCGAGCUUCAGGUCCAGCCGACCGAGUUACGCGGAGAUCGAGUCGGUCUCCAGUACCGGGGCGACGAGAAGCUCGAGGACGGCCAGCGACGCUAGUUACGUGAGCGUCGGCUCGUCCUCCGUCUAUAACCCCCAGACCACCAAGAGAGGAAGCAUCGAGUUCAGGGAGAGCGGCAGGAGGCUGGAUAUUUCGCACCGCAGGGCCAUGAGUCAGUACGAGCCUAGGCCCAGAACGAUGAUGAGCCAGAUGGAGGGCUGCAGAGUCAGCAGGACUGCGAGUCACUACGAGCACAGACCCAGAACGCCGGUACCACCGCCGGAGAUCGAAGAUCUCUACAAGGAUUUCAGGGUGCCUGGAAAGAGCAGUGGGGGAUUCCCGUCGAGACAGAGGAGGAACAGCACGAGGUAUAAAGUUUAUCUUACCUAGGAUUCGCCUCUGCCCGAGAACGGGAGAUUAAUCGAGCCUUGGUAGAGCUGAUGGCUUGCUUUAAUACAAUAUAUAGGGAACGAUUAUGUGUACUGAAUUCGAAAUUGUUGGAAUGGAAGAAAGUACCUAUAGACAGUUUGUGAUAUGUAACGAAUUUACGAAUGAGAUUGUAAUACACAGAAUGAUAUAAUUUUUUAAAUGCUUAAAUAUACGCAUAUAUAGCUCCAGCCACGCACUUUCCCAAACCGUACAAUACCGAAAUAAACUGUAUGUCAGACUAUAGAAAAGGAAUGUAUAAGCGAUGGCCGUAAAAUAAUGUGAAUUUCGCCAAGAUGGAAGGAAAAAAAUAACUGCCCUGAAUAUGGUGUUUAAUGUAAUAAAUAAUGCGCUGUUGAUGACGUUCAAUUAUAUACGUGUUAUUAAUUUUUAAUUCAGUACUUCGACGUUUGGAUCGCAACAAUGAAUGUGAGUGCGUAACGACAGAUUUUUUUAGAUUUUCUCAUAUACUUAUAUGCGAUUAAUAAUCAACAAACUGUACAAAUGCAGAAUUCAACAGAACAGUCUUUGGUAUGUAAAAAAUUACCUAUGCAUCCUACGAAAACUCACAUGACUACACGAUUACCAUUAAUUAUUAUUGUUCAAAAAUAUAUACAACUCCACUGCACUUCUCGACGCGUGUGUUUGUACAAAAUUUCAACGUGUAAAUCGAUUUUCGCCACUUUGCCACCUGAUAACAUGUAAAUAAAAGAUAAUAUAUCAACGA